GCCAUGCCGGAACCGCGCGGGCAGUCGCAGCUGCGGGUGAACGCGGCAUUUGCCGCGAGGUACAGCCGCUACCGGGAACGUGAGGAGCUGCAGCGCUUGAAGGAUCGCUACGGGGACCGAGACAGUGGCAGCGAUUCCAGCUCCGAGUCCGACUCCAGCGACGAACGCGUAGAAUUUGACCCCCAGCAGGAGCGAGACUUUUAUAGGACUCUCUCCUUGUUGAAGAAGAAGGAUCCCCGCAUUUAUCAAAAGGAUGCCACCUUCUACCAGCAAACAGCACCAUCCUCGGAGAGUGAAGAGGAGUCAGCAGUUGCAGAGAAGCGGAAGAAGGUGCAGCCCAUGUACCUGAAGGACUACGAGAGGAAAGUUAUCUUGGAGAAAGAAGGCAAAUAUGUCGAUGAGGAGAACUCAGACGGAGAAGCUUCUGAUCAGAGGCAUCAGCAAACUCUGUCCCAGAGUUACGUGGAGGAACAGAAACAGCUCAAGGAAAGCUUCCGGACAUUCGUGGAGGACAGUGAGGAUGAGGAUAGCGCCAGGGAUGGUGGCUCUGGCUUGUUGCAGAAACGUGCUAGAACCGGGGAGGAGAAGGCCCAGGAGGAGGCCGACUACCUUGAGUGGCUGAAGGGCCAAAAGGAGAUUGAGAACCCCGAGACCCUGAAAGAACUGACCCACCUCAAGGACUACUGGAACAACCCUGAGCUGGAGGAAGGGGAGCGAUUCCUGCGGGAUUACAUCCUCAACAAAUGCUAUGAGGAGGAGGGAGAGGAGGAUGAAGAGGACGACGAAGAGGAAGAGGAAGGGCCUGCUGGCCCGCUGGUACAGCUGGCUGUGGAUGACUCUUCGGACGAGGGUGAGCUGUUUCUGAAGAAGCAGGAGGACUUUGAGCACAAGUACAACUUCCGCUUCGAGGAGCCAGACUCAGCUGCGGUCAAGAGCUACCCACGUAGCAUCGUGUCCUCUGUGCGCCGUAAGGAUGAGCGCAGGAAGGAGAAAAGGGAAGAGACGCGGGAGCGAAAGAGGAGGGAGAAAGCCAAGAAACGGGAGGAGCUCAAACAGCUGAAGAACCUGAAGAGGAAGGAGAUAGUGGCCAAGCUGGAGAAGUUGCGGCAGGUCACAGGCAACAAGACGCUGGGCCUGGAGGAGCAGGACCUGGAGGAUGACUUUGACCCCACCCGGCAUGACCAGCUCAUGCAGAAGUGCUUUGGUGAUGAGUACUACGGCACCAUGGAGGAAGAGAAGCCACAGUUUGAGGAAGAGGAAGGGCUUGAAGACGACUGGAACUGGGACUCAUGGGAUGGCCCGGAGCAGGACGGUGAUUGGAGCCAGCAAGAGCUACACUGUGAGGACCCUGACUUCAAUAUGGACGCUGACUAUGACCCUAGCCAGCCGCACAAGAAGCAGCGUGCGGCCCCCUCGGUGGGCAGGAAGCAGCGCAAGUCCCCCUUCGCCACGGCUGUGGGGCAGGAAAAGCCGGCGUUUGACCCCAGGGACAAGACAUUUGAGGAGUAUCUGGACGAGUAUUACCGGCUGGACUACGAGGACAUUGUUGAUGACCUGCCCUGUCGCUUCAAGUACCGCACUGUGGUGCCCUGCGACUUUGGGCUCAGCACUGAGGAGAUCCUGGCUGCUGACGACAAGGAGCUGAACAGGUGGUGCUCGUUGAAGAAGACCUGCAUGUACAGGUCGGAGCAGGAAGAGCUGCAGGACAAGCGAGCAUACAGCCAGAAAGCCCAGAACUUGUGGAAAAAGAGGCAGAUCUUCAAAUCUCUCUGCUCAGAAGAGAUGGAAAUGCCCACGGAAGCCACAAGGAAGCCACAGAGAGACAAAACCAGUCCACAGGGCCAGCUGCCAGUGCCUGAUGGGGCCCGUGGGAAACGGCCCCAACCCCAGAGCCCCCCAGCACAGGAAGAGGUGGCCCCUGAGAAGCCAGCCCCUCAGAGGCGGAGGCGGGGCAAGAAGGCACGUCUCCUGGGUCCCACGGUGACACUUGGAGGGCGUGAGUUCAGCCGCCAGAGACUGCGGGCCUUUGGCCUCAACCCCAAACGCCUGCACUUCCGUCAACUGGGCCGACAACGGAGGAAGCAGCGAGAGCCCAAGAGUGGUCCCUGA